UCCAGAAAAUAAUAUGGCAGGGAAUGAUAAAAGACCCUUUGCGAAACCCGAAAGCUAUGGGGGUACAAAGAGUGAAGACUUCAACGAGUGGUUGAAAACCUUCAAUAGGGCAGCAAAAAUAAAUAAGUGGGAUGAGGAUGAUAAAAUCUUGUAUUUACCCCUCUACCUCAAGAAAACAGCAUUGGCAAUUUUCGACAUAUUUUCGGAUAAAAAUGAAAACGCGACAUUUCUUGAUGCAGUAGGCCACUUAAAAAGUAAACUUGUAGACCCUGUUCAUGAAGAGACAACCAGACAAAAACUCGAAAACAGAAACAAAUUACCAACAGAAACAUACACAGAAUACACAGCAGAUAUAAUAAAACUUUGUCACAUUCUUGAGCCUCAAAUGUCAGAGAAAAGAAUAGUAGGAUAUGUUUUGAGAGGCUUAGACGUAGGAGCAUUGCAACAUGUUGCUUUCAUGGACAAUGCAUCAGUUGAAGAUUUAGAGAAAAAUCUCGCCAAAUAUGAAAGAUCUCGCUUCCUUCUAGACAAAAAGUUAGGAAUGCAUAAUGCUUCAAUCCUGUCAGAUGACGAAGAAGACGAUUGCCAGUUCAAGCAGAAAGGCCUCUGCUUGAUUCCGAGGAAAAAGAUGUCGAACUCCGCCACCCAAGCCACUUGUCUCCACCUUCUAACAUCAGAAGCAGACGUAUCGGAGCUACGAGAAGUCUGCAAAUUUGAUUGUAAAGCAACUGACAAUCAAACCCUAAUCACUCGCCUACGAGAAGACACCUUCCUAUUCCACAACACCGGCAAAAAGACGACAAUUCGCUGUAAAAACUCAACAACUGAGGUCCCAAGCAACAGUCCAGGAACCCUAUCACUCCACAUCCCUUGCAACUGCGAACUUCAAGACGACAACGGCGACGUACUGAUAAGCACUCUUUAUCCUUGCGACUCCCGUUCCCAUCCUUCUCCAGCUAUUAAUAACUUAAUUCCUCACAUGUGGACAAAUUUAUCUAAAUUGAGCAUCCCAAUUUUUAAACAUGAGACUCUGCCUCAGUACUUAAACCUUUCGGAAAUCUUAAAUGAAAAUUGGCACUUGAAUUUUUCAAAAUUUGAAGAGCACAACUCAUUCUCAGAAGACAUUUUCCAUCAUGUUGAAAUGCCAAAUAACUUUGAUUUGUUAGGGGUGAACAAUAAACUGAUCAUUUAUAUUAUUAUUGUCUGGCAAACACUGAUAACUGUUAUAUUCUUGUAUUUAUGUCUUCAAAAUUAUAUUAAGAAGAAAGCAAAUCAACUGAGAGUCCCGAAACGUACUCCAAUUGUGGACUACCCACAGGAGCUUUAAGAAUAUAUUGUGUUUUAGUAAAGUAGUAUGUAAUGAAAUCAUUAAAAUAAUGGGUUAGGAUAUAGGAAACUAUGCAAAUAAUAAUUACUUAUUCACUAUUAUUGUAUCCAUUUACUCUUUUAUGCUAUCGAUUCAAAUAUUUUCCCAGAUUAGAAGAUAAACUAUUUCAAUUAUUAUUAUUAUUCUUAUUUUCAAGGUCCACAAUAUUAUUUUGCUUACUCGAAUACUAUUCGGACUUGAUGUUUAAUUUUUGCAUUAUGAUUCAAUUUUAUUACUUUCGUAGAUUUUGUAGGUUUAAUUUUAUUCAUCAAUAUAAUUGAAAUUUUUUCCAUUCAAUUCUUAUUCAGAUAUGAAUGUAUUGAAUUGUUGAUUUGAAGUUGAUUGAUGUGUUAGGCUAAGUUUGAUUUUUAUGAAUUAGUUCACUAUAAUGUAAUUUAUAUCACUUGCAUUUAGCUUAUGAAUUGGCACUCACAUAGAUUUAAG